AUGCGUGAAAUAUUCAUCGAUCACUUUCGGCCUGAACAUUACCCGGUAGUGCAAUUGCUGGGCUAUAGUGCUCUUGCGCGUAUAAGCAUGGAUAAAAAUGGCAAUGUGCAGGGACCAGAUUGGAAAGUGUUCCAAGCGAUACUGAACCACAUGGAUUUGCGAUGGAAUUUAAGCUUAGUGGAAUAUACACCUGAUCUCUUACAACUGGAAUGGUUCAGUAAGGAGCUACAUAGAGGUAACCUGCACAUUCUAAUAGACCGCAAUAUAUGGCCCGACCAGCACCUGAUCCCUUACGUGUUGCCGGAAAUGAUCGGAGUAUGUUUGGUGAUCCCAAAGGCAAAAAAAUAUCAAAUACUGCAUCAUCUUUUGAAGCCGCUGCAACCGACAUCCUGGAUAUUGCUGCUUCUUGCUCUUGCCGUCGGAUCGUUGCUAGCAACACGAUUUUUUAAAAACGACUUGAUCUCUGCUAUCAUCUUUGGCGUAGAUUUGGACGCAUCUAAUGUUUCGCAAAUUGAGAGGAUGGUCCUGUUCAGCAGCGUGUUUGUAUUUUUCGUCCUUUCCGAGGCGUACCAGGCCAAGUUACUCGCGUUCAUGAGCUCGUUUCGUUAUCCACCGGACCCGAAAAAUGUGGAAGAGUUUCUUCAAACGGACAUCAUGUUACAGCUCGGUGAAGCAGCGGCCUCCGUAGUGUCGAUUCGAACGGCUUUCAAAGGACGAAUACAGAAUUGGACGGACUACGAGUUUAGCUUUGACGGUGGUCAGGAAUAUGGGGUGAUGUUACAGUGCCCGUUCGCCUGGGACUAUAUGCUUCGGUGGUCACGAAUACAUUACAAGCAUUACGGGUACAAUAUACGUCCAGGGGUGCAUAUUGUGCGGGAAAAAAUAAUCUCGCUGGGUGCGGCGUACACAUUCUCCGAUAAAUUUUACUUAUAUCCUCGAUUUCGAUCAUAUCUUGAGCGACUGUUUGAGAGCGGUCUGGUAGGUUACUGGGAAAUUGAGAAUGAUCGACAGCGGCAGCUGAAGCAAAAGUUUGAAUUCGUCGAAAAUGAAAUAAUCUCUUUCAGCGAUUUAAUAAUGGUAUGGAUCAUUUUGGGUAUCGGAUAUGGACUGGCCCUUGCUUUAUUUAUACUGGAGUUGAUCGUUUUUAAGGCAAAGCAAUACAUGGCGCAUUAUCAAUUCCGCCGUGCACAGUAA